GAUUGGCAGCUGUCCGCCGGAGAGCUGGAACAGGUGUCGCUAGUCGCCGAGGCCUGGCUGUCGCUGGCGCAAGUCUACGCGAGCGGCUCGAGUCCUGUUCCGGCGGGGAACACGACUGUCCUGGACACGGCGCCAGGACUGCUGCCUGUGAUGGCGAAUCUGCACUGCCGGGGACUCGAGGACGACCUACUCGACUGUCCGCACGAGGUGGUGCCGGGAGGGCACGUGGCGGGGGACGGAGCAAGGCUUUGCGGUGCCCCGAGCACCUACACCGCCUGGGCCGAGGCACCGGAACCGGCGUCCCGACAGGGCCGACAAGGCCCGUCGACAGAUCGGCUUGUCGGCCUGCGCUGUCACCGACCCGGAUGGGCGGGACUCCGACUUGCCGCCACUGGGGGCUCGGUAGAUUCACGUAUUCAAUGGCUGCGCGUCGGGCGAGCCGGACUCCUCGAUGCUGCACGUCGUCAAUUUGUGGCGGCCGUCCAGAUGGACUACUUUGCCGGACGAGUGGAGCAGAUUGAGGCAAGGCGAUCCCCCUCCUUCCGAUUGGUUUAUUGGGGGCCUACUGGCCUCUGGGCGGGAUACAGGCCGGUCAUAUUGCGGCUAGACAGAUGCUGA